UAUUUCGGCGGAGAAACAGGAAGCGCUUACAGCAGGGAGAGAGAAGGAGAGAGGGAGGUGGAGAGUGAAUGAAACUGGCAGGCCGUGAAAACGCUGUCAUCUCUCAAGGACCGCACUGGCCAAGGCUGGGAUGUGGGUGGCACCAUGAGCGUGAAAGCUUUUGAGCUGGUUCCCGCUGUGGAGCGGGAGCAGGUGAUGGGCGAAAAAGUGCGGAUAAACAUCGAAUGCAUUGAGUGCUGUGGCCAACAUCUGUACCUGGGCACCAACGACUGCUUCAUCCAUCACUUCAUACUAGAGGAGCACACGACAGCCACAGGUAAGCUGGCCUACAAAGCCCAGAAACUCCUCCACAAAUACCUGGGCCUGAAGAAGCCAGUAGCAGAACUGAAGGCCGCCUCUGCUUUGGAACGUCUAAUCGUCCUCUGUGAUUCAACCAUCACUGUUGUGGACAUGGUUACUCUGGAGCUUGUCCCCUUUGGUGGCACUAAGCUCAAAGGUGUGACUGCGUUUUGUAUCAACGAAAAUCCGGUCACAGGGGAUGCGUUCUGUGUGGAAAUGGCGGUGGUUUUGGCACGCAGAAGGGCAGUCCAGAUAUGUAUGGUCCAUGAGGACAGAGUGCACAUGUUAAAGGAAGUGACCACUCCAGAACAGCCUUGUGCCCUGAGCCUGGAUGGGUACAAUAUCUGUCUUGCCUUGUCCACACAGUAUAUGAUUCUGAACUACAGCACAGGAGCCUCUCAGGAUCUGUUCCCUUAUGAUUGUGAAGAAAGGAAACCCAUUGUUAAGAGGAUCGGCCGGGAAGAGUUUCUUUUGGCGGGCCCAGGCGGGCUUGGGAUGUUUGCUAAUGCAGAAGGCAUAUCUCAGCGUGCUCCGGUGAGCUGGUCCGAGAGCGUGAUGGCGGCGGCUGUGUGUUUUCCGUAUGUGGUCGCGCUGGAUGAAAGCUUUGUGACCGUUCACAGCAUGUUGGACCAGCAGCUCAAACAGACACUGUCAUUCAGAGAUGGACACCUUCUGCAGGAUUUUGAAGGUAAGGUGGUGUUGGCCUCAUCAAAAGCGGUGUAUAUGCUGGUGCCUCUCCCUCUGGAGCGUCAGAUCCAAGACCUGUUGGCAAGCCAUCGAGUCGAGGAAGCCCUGACCCUCACCGAGGCCGCACAGAGAAACAUUCCCAAAGAGAAAUAUCAGAUAUUGCACAAAAGAAUUCUCCAACAAGCAGGAUUCAUUCAAUUCGGCCAGCUUCAGUUUUUAGAAGCGAAAGAGCAUUUUAGGAAGGGACAGCUGGAUGUACGGGAGCUGAUCUCUCUAUAUCCGCUGCUCCUGCCCGCCUCUUCUUCUUUCACACGUUGCCAUCCACCACUUCAUGAAUUUGCUGACCUGAACCACCUGACCCAGGGGGACCAAGAGAAGGUACAGCACUUCAAACGUUUCCUCAUCAGCUACCUACACGAGGUGCGCAGCAGCGACAGCGCUAAUGGUUUCCGUGAAGACGUAGAUACGGCGUUGCUAAAGCUGUACGCAGAGACCGGCCACGAGAGUCUUCUGGAUUUGCUGGCUUCUGAUAAUGCCUGUCUUCUGGCAGACAGCGCCCCCUGGCUGGAGAAGCAUCACAAGUAUUAUGCUCUUGGACUUCUAUAUCACUACAAUGAUCAGGAUUCUGCUGCUUUACAGAUGUGGGUUAAGAUUGUCAAUGGAGAUCUCCAAGACUCAACACGACCAGAUCUGUUUGAAUAUGUUGUGGAUUUUCUUAGUUUCUGCUCCAACCUUGACCUUGUGUGGCGGCAUGCAGAAUGGGCACUACAGAAAGAUCAAAAGAUUGGUGUGCAAAUCUUCACCAAAAGGCCUACCUCGGAGGAGAAGAUGGGGCAGUUAAACCCAAAUGAUGUGAUUGCGUAUUUGGAGAAACACAGUCAGGCCCUUCUGCUUUACCUGGAACACCUGGUGCUAGAGAAGAAAUUGCAGAAAGAGAAGUAUCACACGCAUCUCGCCGUGCUGUAUGCCGACAAAGUCCUGGGCUUGAUAUCACGACCAUCAGCCAAUGAGGAACAACUGUCUGCUGCCCGCCAGAAACUACAACGGUUAUUGAAAGAGUCCAAUCUCUGCAGAGUCCAGUUACUACUAGGUAAAAUCCAGAACUCCGAUCUGCUGCUACUUGAGCGAGCUACACUUCACGGAAAGUUAGAAGAACAUGACAAGGCUUUGCACAUUCUAGUGCACCAGCUGAAAGACUCUCCUGCGGCUGAGGAAUACUGCUCUUGGGCCUCUGCAUCUCAGGACCGCUCCUACCGUCAGAAGCUUUUCCACCAACUCUUGAGCGUUUACUUGGACCCGGAUUUACCGGGAGGGGCACAAACAAUAGCAGCGGUCGACCUGCUUAACCGACAUGCUGAAGAGUUUGACGCAGUGCAUGUGUUAAAGCUCCUUCCAGAGGAAUGGUCUCUACCGUUACUCCGUCCUUUCCUGUGUGGUGCGCUGAGGGCUAGUGUACAUGCACGCUGCACUUCCCAGGUUGCAGUGGGGCUGGCCCGGGCACAAAACCUCCAGCUUCAGCAUGAUAGGCUGAAGUAUCGAGGCGGCCCAAUAUUAGUGUCUGAAAAGAAGGGAUGCCAGCUGUGCCACAACACCUUCAGCGAGCCAGACUGCGCCUGCUUGCCUGGCGGAACGCCGGUCCACAUUCACUGUGUCGCCAAGAAAGCCCUGGACUUGCCAAAGCGCCAUCAUGAAAAUGCCCACCACAGCAAUCACACAUGAAGCUGAUCUGUGGGGCAGGCGACAAAUUCUGGCCUUACACCUGUACUGCACACAUGAGAAGGAAGUGCAUAGAGCAACUGUUCAGAGGCCUCGCAAGAGCUGGACCUGCUUUCCCUGUGUGUGAGGGAGUCAGCCAACAAAUAAGUGUUUGUGAGUUUGAGAUAGUAUUUAUUCCAUACACGCAACACUGACAAUGAAUAUGAACUUUUAAAUGAACGUCAAACUAACCCCCCACCCCACCCCCACCGCGCCUCAAACAAAAGAUUGUCUACUGGUUGAUCUUUUUAGCAUUGCCUUAUGACUGGUCCAUUGGCUGUCUUGAAAUAUAUAGUUUUUAAGUGGGUGGUAUCCAUGUUAACUUAACUAUUAUUUGCUAACUGUUUGAGGGUCAGAAAGCUAGUGUCUUGACUAUUUCAUUCAUUCAUAAUUUUUAUUUGGGUCAGCUUCAAAAAGAAAUUUACAAACAAACAUAGAAACAAAAGUGAAAAUGCAAUCUAAACAAUAAUAAAAACAUAAAUACAUACUAUCAUACACUAUACAUACUAACAUACUAUCUGUUGCCUGUGAGCAGACUUAUCAAAAAUUGCUUUAUGCGAUUUGGCCGAUCCAUAGUUUUCAUUAAACAAACACCAAAGUCACUUGCUCUGUUCUCAGAGAGAGACGGGUUAUAGCCUUAAGUGAUUGCAUCAUGGUUCUUUUAACAUAAGGGAGAAAUAUAAGAAAACUAAUUAUUUUCAUAAUGUCAUCAUGAAUAUGGUUUGUAGUCAUCAAAGCUCUUUUAAACCAUUUAAUAGUCAUUUUCUGAGAUAAAAAGGGAAGAUUUUUCCAGAAUUUCCGUGUUCAUCUUCUGGCUACAGUUUGAUCUGGGUAACUUCAGUUACAUCAGUGUUAUGUAAAAUUAUGCAAUGAAAGUCUGAUUAAUUAGCACAACCCUAGAAAAAUGUCUCUCUCUCCCCUCUUUCCCAAGGUUGAUUUGGAUUGAUAUUUCCCUUUAAAGACAAGUUUAAGAUACAAAGUGAUAUUUUGUUAUCAAACAAACCAAUGGACUCAGGCUGUGCUGUGUUUGUGUGUACAUGCUAUAACUAAAUGCUAAAGUUGCUUAUAACAUCCAAAAUAUUUGUUUCUCAUAUGCAUGUGGUGAUGUGGAUGCGAGUCCUCAUGUCUUAAAUGCUAAGCUGUGAUUUUAAAGAUCAAAACAUAUUUUUAACGUGAUCAAUUACAUUUGUGGUUUUUGGGGAAGCACAGUAGCAGAAAUGGCUGCAGAGGGUUUUGCCUGAGAAUAAUCUGUAAGCUCAUAUUUGAAUAAGUAUCUGAAAUAUUUUCUCUGUGAAAGUGAAAAUGGUGGGAUUUUAAAGGUGGAAUAAGUGGGGGAGGGGAGGCAUAGAUGAAACACUGCCUACUGAAUAAAUACUAAAAAUAUCCACGGUAGGAUGGCUUGUUUCAUUGAUGGUUUUUCUUACAGAAACUGUUUUGCAAGUGAAAAUAUACAAUUUAUUAUAGUGAUCACUGGCUGCAAGGGUAAUGGUAAAUUAUAUCCAAACUAAUUUGUCACAUGGUUAAAUUAUUUAAAUACUAUUGUUCACAAUCUUGAGUGGUGGAUCUUCCAGCUCAAGUUCCACACUUGAAAUGCCGUUGUAGGAAAGUUUCUGUGUGCUAUUUAGUCUUUGCUUUGAUGCAUUUCUCCCAGAAAAAGUUCCAUUCGUCAAACGUGCAACCAAAGUUUUCAUCCUGUCUGCAGUGAGACUGUAAACUUUUCACCUUGAGCAACUAAAUGGAAAUCCUCUACACCUCUUUACAUUCACUUUAGGUAUUUUAUACAUAUAAAUAUACAUGGAUACUGGUGUGUACAUAGUGUAUUAAUAACUGUUUGUUGCUUUGUAAAUCAAUGCCGGUGUGGGUGGAAUGUACAAAAUGUAAAGACGUCCAUUUUAAUAAAUGACUAUGCCUACAUGAAU